UUGAACCACAUAAAAUGAUCUUCCUCUUUCUACAUCUGUAGAUUACAGUCCAGAUUUAUUUUCCAUGAAUGUUUAUGCUGAAAAUAAACGUCCAUUACAUUAAUACUUUUAUAUAACGUGCGCAAUUGGUUGUUGUUGUUUCCCCCCUCUUAGUUAACUUACAAUUUUACUGCCUUAACCCCAAAAUAGCCGAACAGUAAAUUGCCUUUCAUAGUCUCUUGUUAAUUAGUAUUCUGCACUCACUCUUUGAACAUUUUCUCUUCAUGCGCCAUAAAUUUCCAGUCUUCUCUCGAGUGAGAAUCGGUCGUGCUGCAUGGUCCGCUCUCUAUCGGGUGGAUCAACAUUGUUCUUCACUCUCUGCCUUGCUUUCGGGGAAUAGCAUGCGUGCUGGGACAUAAUACUUCAUUCGCCGUCUUUAUCAGAACAGAUCAUAACCUGUAAAUUAAACAUUUCUUAUGAUUAGUGUUAUUGUUGUGCGACGGCACUCGCAGUGAUGGAUGUCUUUUGGAGAGGAUACUGCACUUUUGUUCUCACAACACUUCUUUUUCAAGAAGUUACAGGAGUCCUGUUAAGGAAUGAAGAGAUGAGAAAGUGUGUACAGGUAAAUGAGGGUCAGGUCAGCAGCAGGUUAACCCUGCAAGACUGCAGAGCGGAUUUGGAUCUACAAGAGUGGAGCUGGAACCCCGAGACACGCUCCAUCAGCAACCCACAGACAGGAGGGUGUUUAACUGCUCCUCAGAUCCAGGAGCACGAGAGUGUUUGGCUGCAGCCUUGCGGCUCUGAGCAGGAGGAUCGCGAAGGCCAGGCCUGGAGCUGCUCUAAAAAGGGUCUCCUGACAUUACACGGAAAGGGUCUGUACCUGAGCGUGCGUCACGAUUCCUCCAAGGUCUUCCUUUCCAAAGAUCGGGGGAAAAGCAGCAAGUGGAGGACUCUGGCUAAUCAAACGGUAUGCGAGGAGACAGACAGCACACAUCACAGCCAGAAUGUGUUACAAGAUUCUCAGCAGACACUUUCAACUGGACCACGAAUCAUCACACAAAUUCGCUAUUGGCAUCCUGGAAAUAAUGACCAGACCUCCAAAUUAAAGUCCACCGAAACAACACAGACUCCAGAGGCAUCAGAUAAACCUCAAAGUAGCGUAGAACCGGGUGGGCCUUCUGUUAAUGUGUUUACACCAGACUACGGAACAGGUUGGAAAAUGACAAUGUUGCUUCUGAGCAGUUUGGCCUUGUUACUUGGGCUUGUGAUCCUCACUCUUAACAUCUACCAGAACAGGAGGAAGAAGACUGUGGUGGUGCUGAAAUCCUUCACUCCGACAGGAGAGGCCAGUCUGCCAGGGUCUCCGGUGCCUAGUGAGAGAGCACCUCUAACCCGACACCCUAUGAAAACUGCUCAGUCUCCCUCCAUCCAACGAGGCGAGAUCCUUGUCGAAUGGAAAGAUGGAACAGUCACCCCACUGUUUGAAACAUAUCUAACUGACUAAGUGUUGUCUUAUAGAAGAAGUGGCUUUGAGGAGCUUGCGUACUAUUCCCAAGCAAACUGAAGGUGGCUAAUAUUUUUUUUUUAAAUAACAACCGUUGUCCAGGGAAUCACUGCCAGUUCCGUGAUUAUUGCCAAUUUCCGUGUAUUUAUUUAUUAGGUAAGCAGCUGUGGGAUAAAGUUAUUAAAAGAAAAUAAAGAUACAAUUACACAGUCAUUAUGACAACUUUAGCCCCAGCAUAUUGAUCCGAACCCAGAAGUCUCCGUCUUCUUGCUGUUAUCUUUAACAUAUCUAACAUCUUAUAAUCGCAGACAUCUGUUAGGUUUACAUAAUGCCAUCCCUCUGUUGAAUUUUGAAAAACUGAUGUUGGGUUCUGAUCAAAGACAAUAUUCUGUACUUUGCCAAAAAGACAUAAGGUUACGUCAGGUCAAAUACAGAUCAAACCUAACUAAAGAUAUAUUGUAUAAUUAACAACGAAUGCUUAUGUAAGCUGUAUGUAUGUGCAUGUAAAAUAGAGAAAUAGGAAUGUUCUUUAAUGGAAAACGAUAAUACUUUCAGAAUAUGCCUCUAAAACUGAUUCAGUGUUGAUGGAAGCCUGAAAGACUUUAAAACAAGUGUUGUGUUUAUCAGUAGAUUAUUCUUGAAUUGCAUAAGCCUACAUCUGCAAUUGUUUUUAUAUCCUGCAUACAGCUGUCUUGCUAGUGCGAUUAGGAAUUAGCUUCAAAUAUAUGAAAACGGUUUCUAGAAAAAACAAAUGUAUUAACUAUCACAUGUAAUAUAGUAAUAUUUAAUGUUUCCAAUAAAGUAUUGUUGACAUGCA